UGAAGAUGGAUUGGUUACGUUUCUUUCUUUCUUUUUUCUUCUUCUUUUUUUUGCAUCAUAAGUAGUGGCACAUCUAUUCCUCUUAUUUACACUUACCGCAACUCCAUUGACGAAAGCUGCCAGUGUCGGGGAGAGCCUGGUGUCCCUGCGUCCAUACACAGAGCUGAUGUCAUCGGGAGCAUACAUGUGCUGAGACAAAAAUAUGCAGUUUGACAAAAAACAAAGGACACCAUGGCAACUCCAGAUGGAUUUCCUGCCAGUUUCUAUGGUGAACCAGGAGUGUUAGGCAUGUUGUCCAAUGGGAUCAGUGCCUUCCUUGUACUUCUACAGAACUUCAGUACAGCUCACACUGGCAUUGCAGCACAAGGAGUGGAGAACAUCCUCGCAGGUGUUCAUCUCAUCCUGAUCGGUGGUAUAUGCCAGCUGGUGGCAGGACUGCUUUCCUUUCGAAAAUACGACCAUCUGAGUGGCACUGCCUUUAUUGGUUAUGCUGCUCUUUGGGGUAGUUAUGGUGCCACCCGAAUCUACUUUGGUGCCUUAUCUCAAGAGACAGCAUCUAUGUCAAAUCAGAUGAAUUUGUCUCUGUCCACAAUUGCGCCGAAUAACAUGUCACUGAAUAACUCCACAGACAUCCCAGUUUGCUAUUUAUGCCUAUCCAAGACAGAGUCAGCGAUUGCAGGUCUGAUCCCUUAUAUCAUUUUGUCCUUCCUUCUUGCAUUUUGCUCUGCCACAGUCAACUACAUCAUGCCCUUUGUCUUUGGGGCCAUCACAGCCACUUUAGUCUUUGAAGCAGCAGCUCUAGUAACAGGCUCCUGGGCCCUUGUGGUCUCUGGGGUCCUGGAGUUGCUCAUUCUGCUCUUUGCCAUCUAUGGCUCAGCUGCACUGCUCAUCAAAGGUCUGACUCAACGUCUCGUCCUCAAAGGCUUUGGGACCCCUCUGUUUAAUGUCCUCCUGCUAGGAACCCCCAAUUCAUCAAGUGCCCAGAGCAUUGGUCAGGAGAAGAAAAAGAACACAAAGUAUGCUGAGCCCAUGGCCUUGGGUUUCUUCUGUGACUCCGUUGCUCCCUUUAUCUUUGCUUUCUACGGCUUUGGGUACAUGAAAUCAUUUGGUUUAGGAGCUGUAUGGGUCUCCAUCAUUUCCUUUGCCCAGCUGUUCUCCAGCUACUAUGCCCAUCUGCGCCAAGACUGCUACUACACUACAAAGUUUGGCUUCCAUGCCACUUAUUGGCUGAUCAAGGCUUGGGACGAGUUUGUGGUAUCUACUCUGAUUGUAAACGAGAGCAAAGUUGCUUCUGCAAGGGAGGCAAUGGUGGGAGAUUGGUUCUUUGUGAUGGCAGCCUUGGUGCUCUGUGUGGGAAGUCUGAACAUGGACGUCUUGGAACUGAUUCACAACAUGCUCUUUGUCCUGGUCACGAUAUCCACAAUCCCCCAGAUCCCGCUCCACAGUUAUUACAUCUUCUUUGGUGUAGCUUGCUCCCUGUUUACUGCAGUCUCCAUCUAUGGCACCUUCACACGUCUCAUCAACUCAAUAGCAGAAAAGUCUCUCAUCCCAGUGGGACCACAGCCCAUCUCCACUGAGCAGCUGAAAAAAGUUUUGAGUUGCAGAAGAUCUACACCAACAGACCAGAAGCAACUUCCCCAAACUGACCAGGACUCAGAUGCUCUGUUCUACCUUACAAACGGAGUCGCAGCUCUUUCAGCUCUUCAUUCAAAUGCUUCCAGUCUAAAUCUUAGCCUCCUUCAUCAAACUGUCCCUUGGGUCCUCAUCUCUGGAGCAAUCAUCCAGGUCUACGUCAGCAGGCUGCAAGUCACAGGAGGUGGCCGGUUUGGGUCAGUCAUCUCAUCAAUCUAUGUGGGCGUAUGGGCAACAUGGACUUGGUUUAGGUUUGCAGGUAACCUGCUUCAGCUCUCCACAGAGGCUACCUAUGGAUUUACAGCAGGAGCCAUUGCUCUCCUGGUCAUUAAUGCUUUUCUCAUGCUGAUCGCUGCCUACAAGAACCUGGUUCUGCUGUUUCUAACAACAGUCAUGGAGGUUGCUCUGGUCUGCCUCCUGCUCUCCACCCUUCAGCGACUUCCAUAUGAUCUAGAAAUUGCCAUGCUCUCACUGAUUACAAUCAUUUGUAUAUAUGGAGUUCUGGCAUCAUUGGUCAACUGCAUCUUCUCACAGAGAUUGCUCCCUAUGGGUCCUCCUUUGAUAAAGAGCAGAAAGAAGCAGGAGACAUCUUCAGAGCCACCCUGUCCACUGGCUAAUUCCCGACUCACGAGUGGCCUCAAGAAGAUCGCUGGUCUUCUGGAGGAAGGAGCAGUAUGUGGUAUUCCCACAGACACUGUGUAUGCGCUGGCCGCCUCUUGCAAGAAUCCUCAAGCCAUUGAGAAAAUCUAUAGCAUCAAAGACAGACCAGCAGAGAAGCCCAUAUGUAUUUGCAUCUCCAGUGUAGAGCAGCUGGUGGCAGCCAAGCCCCCUUUCAGUCCUCUGCUGUGGGAGUUCAUGAGGAACGUGUAUCCUGGUGGCAUCAGCUGCAUCGUCAGCAAAGGAGACUGGCUGCUCAGACUAGGUGUGGGUCCAGCUUACGACCGUGUUGGUACCAAGGACAGCAUCAUGAUCCGUGUGCCUGACCACACGGUGACUGGACACUUAUGUGACAUGACUGGACCCCUUGCCAUUACCUCAGCCAAUCCCAGUGGAGAGCCAGACAGCACCCACCACAGCAUGGUCAUCAAUCGACUAGGACACAAGAUCCAAGGUGUUCUCUGUGAUGGGAACUCUAACGAAGUUGUUGCUUCUACCGUGGUCAACUGUCUACGGAUUGAUGAAGGUGACAUCACCAUCUUGAGGGAAGGCUGCGUCCCUGCUGCAAAAGUCACACAAAUCUUUGAUAGAGUGAAACGUUCUAUGGUGUGAUUAUCUGAAUCUUCCACAGGGCUCACCAUUAAUGCCUUCUUACAAGUUCUGCUUUUUCAGCUUCAGCAUUUCUGUGUGUAAACAAAAGACCACCUGGUGUGAAGUCUGUGUAGUGCUGUUAUAACUUUUCUUGGUGUACAAUACGUUGAAAUAAGAGCUUACAACCCUUUUACAAAAUCCCUUGACUGCUGACAUGACAGUGAUCUGUGUGUAAAUAUAUAUAUAUUAUAUUUAUAUAUUAUAAAUUAUGCUUUUAUGCUUUUUACUUGUUGCUUUUUAACUUAGAGCACUCUGAGAUCCCUGGAUGAAAAGUGCAUCAUAAAUAAAAUGUAUUAUCAUUAAAUUAACCGUCUAACAAUGAUUAUUUGAUGUCUGCUACAAAUUGUUAACUCGGUGUGAAGAAUAAACCAAUGAAAUGUCAAACAUUAAAUGAAAUAAAAAAUUAAAUUAAA